AUGAGUAUCAAUUUAAAUAUGUAUGAAGAAAACAGAGGAAAUGGAAAUCUUGAUGCAUCAGAAUGUAAUAACCCCAACUCUUCAAUAGCAUCUGAUCAACUAGUCAAACCAAAUGAAGAUGACCUUAAGAACAUAUCAACGCUGAAGUCAAAACCCCUGGGUAAAAACAAUAAAACACUCACCAAGUACUUUGAUAAAGUGCGAGACACCAUAACUAACAUCACUGAAAGUAAAAAAACGGUGAGUGAGAUGAAUUCAGUAUUGAAUGUGAAUGGAAAUGAAAGCCGACCAAUCAAACAUGAAGGGGAAGUAGAUGAUGAUGUUCACAAUGAAACCAAAGAGAAGAUUAUCGAUUUUAUCAUUACUGAUGAUGUUACUAACGAUAGUAAUGAGGACAAAAAUGAUUAUUAUAGUCAGAAGAAUGUCAAUGAAACAGAUAAUGAAGCGACUAGUGAUGCUCAAGACUAUGAGAACAGCAACACUAAAAUGAGUUCACAAAUAACCCUACUUAGAAAUUUAUCUAGCAGUUUCUCCCAAUUGAAUAUAUCAUCUCCAUUAUCGUCAUAUGCAGAUGAAUUGACUUCUGAACACAUAACUACUUCAACAGAUGACCUUCUCAGCCUAGAUCAUUAUGAUGGGUAUGACAAUCAAACAAAGGUUCUCAAUCCGCUAGCCUCUUCUUGUUUAAAUAUAGCUUCACAAAGUCAAAUCAACAAUUCAAACUUGGAGAGAUGGUUAUCUCAAUCCGAGUUACUCAGACCCGGAUCAAAACUAAGACCUCAAUUUCCUCGUGAUGGAUAUUUUUGGUCGGUUGCAUUGUUCAUCAAAUUGGGUCGUAGACUAAUUCCCUUGAAUUCAAAAGGUAGAAGUGAUCCUUAUGUGAAAAUCAAACAUAUGGGAAAUGUUCUAGCCAGAAGUCGAAUGGUUUCUAACAAUAGUAAUCCUGUAUGGGAUGAGAAAUUUUGGUUCCGUUUGUGUAGCUUAGAAGUACCUGUAGAGUUAAAAGUUUAUCAUCGAGAUGCAUUCAAAAAAGAUUCAUACAUUGGUCGAACACUAGUUAACCUUAUGGAACUUGAAUUGGACAAAGAACAAGAAUUUGUAUCUCGUCUAGAAGAUGACCUACACAAAAUCUUUACUUCGGGGGAGAUUAAAUUCUAUGUGACACUGAGUGAAAUCGAAGAAUCAUCACUUGAUAGUUCAGAGUUGAAAAAGUUGAAAAAGAAAUUGAAAGAAGAGAAAUCACGAGCAUUUGCUAUAGAAAUGACAGCACAAAUGCCUAGAGAGGAAACUUCACCUUUAUCUUCACCGGAUAGUUAUUCCGUCACUGAAAAUACCACUAUUCCAUCCCUAUGUUCAGUCACUUCAGCUGGUUCAGUAAUAACUUGCCAACAGUCUCCAACAGGGACUCAGUCAAAUCGUGAUUCAACAGAAAUCCUUGAGUCUGUAGAAGAUUGCUUAAGUGAUGAUGGUCAACAACAGACAUUAAGGGUUAGCGAGAAAACCUUCUUAAAUCGUGUUGAAGACAGUUGGAUGCAUGAGAAUCAAUCUCUUCUACCACAGCCUAUCUGGCCUUAUUCAUUCUAUGAAGGCACAAAUUUAGAAUUGUAUACUAGUCGAAAUCAAGGUAGCGAAAUUGAAAGUAUUGAUAAACUGCAUCCAUUGAAUAAUGAAAUACAAAUGGAAAGUUUAUUUCAACAAUCGCGCUUAAUUGUCACCUUGGUCGGAGCGAAAAAUUUAAAAUUGCGUGGAAAACAGAGGAAUGUUGCACCAUUUGAUAAUGAUAGUUAUAAACUUUUACGUAGCAAAUCAGCACGAAGUCAUAAUUCAGAUAAUGUACAAAGUGGUUGUACAGAUGAGGAGAAAAGUCAUCUACCGUGCCCAUUAGCAACGUUAACUGUUGGUGUCAAGACACAACAAAGUAAAGUUGUUAUGCAUACAAAGAAUCCAUUAUGGAAUGAAAGAUUUGAAUUCCGUGUUCGUCCUGGAAUGAGAACAGUAUUACAAUGUGAAGUGUUUGAUGAUUCACAUCAAAACGCUAAUCUACUUGGUCGAUUUUAUUUAGAAUUUUCAAAGCUUGUUCUUGACUGGACAACCUGUUUUACACUAAAAAAUCAGGAGUCUCGUUAUCAUGGUGAAUUGCACAUAUUAGCUACAAUGACUGGAUUAUUACCAAUCUCAGAUCCAAUGAGUACUGCUUUAUACACUGGUAUUUCUAGACCAGGAACCGUAGAUCAGAUAAAACGAGAAACAGAAUCAAUUUACGGUGAUCUAUCAAAGGAAGUGGUAACAAAAAACACUCUGGAUCAAGUUUAUGACCAUUAUAAUAUCAGACAUACGCUAAGAGAUUGUAAUGAUGUCGGCUGGUUACAUAUUUUCGUACAUAGAGCGUCUAAUUUACCAACUAAAGAUCGAAGUGGAAAAUCCAAUGCAUUUUGCGAAAUAAGGCUUGUCAAUCGAAUGGUACGCACAUUUACAGCUCAAAAGAAUGCCAAUCCAAUAUGGAAUCAAGCAUUUGUACUUCCCAUCGGUGAUAUAUACUCCAUCUUAGAGGUGUACAUGUAUGAAGAAGGAAAAGAUACAUCAGAAGUCAUAGGACGUGUUUCAUUCCCUCUUAUACAGCUCGUAAAUCGACGACAGAAGUGGUAUGCAUUGAAGGAUAAGUCGCUGACCACACUGGCCAAAGGUUCCCUUCUCCUGGAGACUAUAAUCAUUUAUAACCCUCUUAGAGCUUCUUUACGUGCUAUCUAUCCAAAAGAAAAACGCUAUUAUGUCGAAGACUCCAAAGUGAAACUUCGAGAUUUAACAAAGAAGCAUUUACCCCUUAUUCAACGUAAUAUUGAUCGUCUAACACCAUUCAUAGAUGAUUUCAAGAGAUGCCGACAAAAUUUGUACAAAGCAAUUAAAUCAAAGGAGGAUUCAGAAAGUGAAGAGGAUGAAGAUGACCAGGACAUCAUUCACCCAGAGAAUUAUGCCAAUUACUCAGAUAUUGAUAACGAAGAUGAAGUAAUUCUAAGGAAGAAGAAGGACAAAAAAACCAGUUUCACAACGAAACUUAAUAAAAUACGUUCAAUUCUAGGAACAUUACAAGAUGUUGCUGAACAAAUUACGUCGUUUCUUGAACGACUCGAUUACUUAUGUAGAUGGAGGUAUCCAUGGUUAAGCUGCCUGGUGCUGAUUAUUAUUUUGCUGAUCACCGUACUCGUCUACUUUGUACCCAUAAGGUAUUUAGUCAUAGCUUAUACGAUUAAAAAGUUUACACGUCCUAUACGUAAUUCAGCCCGGGUAACUACUACAAUUUUUUUUGGUAUCUUAAAUCGAGUCCCAAGUCGAAUGGAAAAAAUUUAUUACAGAGAAUUAAGACCUUUAUCCUCUCCACUAAUCGAUAUAAAGUCAACGUCUGGUGUAUCAAAUAUUAGAGCAUCUGGAUUACAAGUUUAUUCUAGAAUCACUGGUUACCAGAGUAAUGCAGAGUAA